AUGGCGGCGCCGGCGCAGCCAGCUCUCGAGAUCAAGGUUCACCGUCACGGAUGGGAAGAGCAGUACUCUGAUCGGGGUACAGGGGCAAGGCAAGACUUGACCACCUGGCGACCGAAAGACCCUCUGGACCCGAAUCACUUUCGUGUCUCCCACACUGCCACCAACUCCCGCCACCCCCCUUGUGCUGAGCCACUCGUCGUGACACCACUCAGUGAAGGUUGCUUGGCAAAGCCGCUGUACUGUGAGUGCGUCUGGACUGAUAUGGGUGUCCACAUGGACAAUCGUGGCAUCUCGCCGGGCACAUGUAAGCCUGCGCAUGAGAUCGACCCGUGGUUUCGCUGUGUGAAGGACACUCUGGUUGCCCCUACUGGUCGCACGGCAAAGCUGUGGACUGACGCCGGCUCCCGUGGGAAAUAUGAUGGGGGUGUGUGGAUGAUCGCUGGCUCUGAUGGAUUUGCAGCGGGGUCUGGAAAGACCUACGAGGGGGGAGUGCGACAUCAGGAGUACAAGCUCAUUUAG